AUGCAGGCUCUUAUUAUAGUUUAUUUACGUGCUCAUCAUUUUAUCACAUUUCAACUUCCAGGUCAUUUUUGUACCAUUGGUACAAUUAACCCAGAGCCUUGUUCACUUGCAAUCUGCCCUGCUGGCUCGAUAAAACAAAACAAGUACUUUGUUAUCUUAAUAGUGUUUGUUUUGAUUGUCGUGAUUAUCGGGUUGUUUUAUGGUAAAGAAAGAUUAAUCGAAAAAAAAAAAGCGGAAUACGAUGAUAUAUUGAAAAGACUUGCAGAACAAGAUAAAGCAAAUCUUUUGCGAGAGCGAACUUCAAAAUCUAUUGAGAUCACUGUAGAGUUUAAAGAUUUAAUAUUAAGGUUACGCAAUGGUAAAACACCUCUGAAUGGAAUCUCAGGAAUAUUUCAACCUGGAAGAACUUGUGCAAUUAUGGGCCCAUCAGGUUCCGGUAAAAGCACUUUAAUAUCAGUUUUAGCUGGAAAGAUUCAUGAAACAGAAGGAGAUUUAAUAGUUAAUGGUAAAAAAGGAUCUCUGGAAAAAUAUAGAAAACUCGUUGGUUUUGUACCACAGGAAGAUAUAAUGAUCCGUAAAUUAACAGUUCGAGAAAACUUAGUGCAUUCGGCGUUAAUGCGUUUGCCAUCUAGCAUGACAGAAGCUGAUAAAAAAUAUAAAGCAAUGGAAGUAAUUAAAUUUUUAAAAUUAGAUCAUGUAAUUAAUGAUGAAAUCGGAGAUGAGGAAAAACGUGGUAUUUCUGGUGGAGAACGUAAACGUGUAAACAUUGGAAUGGAAUUAGUUGCCGAACCAUCCAUACUUUUCUUGGAUGAACCAACCUCAGGACUUGAUUCAUGGCAAUCAUCCAUUCACCAUCUCAAAAAGUUUUUAAAACAAGAAUAUAUAAUGAAACAAGCAUUUAAAGAUGGUUUUGCAAGAAGAUCCACCAUUAUAAAUAAACUUUCAGUACAAGAUAGAUUCAUUAACAUAUUGGAUGAUUGUCGCGUAUAUAUCGUUGACGUGAUUUUAGAGAUUUACUUAUUCCUUAAAAGCGUAUUUAGAUCAUUAUUUUGCCUAAAUGAUGAAAUACGAAAUACUCCAAAUAUAAUUUAUGCAUUUAUUUUAUUACUCGGACGAGCUUUCGCACAAGCUUAUAGAAGGCCAUCUCAAUUCUUGUUUGAUCAAAUAUUACAUCUUGUCUGUGGAAUUUUUGUUUCAUUGGCUAUUUCCAAUUCCGAAUAUAUUGGAAAGCCACCUAAACAAAUCUGUCAAUAUACUCCAUUCGUUAUGAUGAACUCUUGCACAAAUUCUUCUGAUUUUAUCCAGAACGUUGGAACAUUUGUGGCACUCGGUGUUACAUUUGCUGGAAUCAGUGCUGGAUGUUCUACGUUCGGCUACGAAAUAGUAGUUUACUGGCGCGAUGCUUCAGCCGGAAUGAGUACAAUUCCAUACUUUGUGGCCAAAAUUGUUGCCGACAUUCCUCGUAUAAUUAUCGCUGCUCUUAUGUUUUCAUUGUCGCUUAUUAUAUUUUAUCCAUUUCAAGCUCAAUUUUCUGAGGUAUAUGGUAUUGUUCUUUUUACUUAUAUAUCUGCAUGGAUGAUGGGAUAUUUUAUAUCUAUUGUGGUUCCAAAAGAAAAGUUUGGAUUGGUAACUACAGGAUUUGCGCUUUCUUGGGGUUUAGUUUUCAGUGGUGGAUCUCCUCAAUUACAAGAUGUUGAAAAUGAUGAUGGAUAUAAACCUUUAAGAUGGUUAUGGGAUAUUUCAACACCACGGUGGACUGUUGAAGCAUUAUAUCUUAAAGAACUUGCUCCUAGGAUAUGGACUGAAAUUAAAGAUGAAAAAUUAAGAUUUACCUACAGUUUUGAUGAUUAUUCUGCAUGUUUGAAUUAUAUUUUCCGCAUUGCACUUGGAUCAUUGGAGUUUGUGCUAGGGAUGGGUUCGGUUACGACUAUUAGUCGUAGUCGAUAUUUAGCCGACCGGCUAAAAUUGUAG